GUUUGACCUACAGGUUGAUCAUCCAUACACUUAUUUACUGAAAUAUGCCAGGGUUAUUAAAGGAGACAAAGCCAAGAUACAGCAAUUAGUACAGAUGGGAUGGACCUUUAUCAAUGACAGUCUCUGUACCACACUGUGCCUUCAGUGGGAGCCCCAGGUUUUGGCAGUGGCUGUCAUGUACUUAGCAGGGAGACUGUCCAAGAGUGAUGUUCUAGACUGGCAAUGUAAAGGCAGUCGUACAAAAUGGUGGGAUCCAUUUAUUGAAGAUGUCACACUAGAAAUGCUGGAAGAUAUUUGCCAUCAGGUGCUGGAUCUAUACACUGGUCAAGACCCUACUAAAUCAGAGGGAAUUUCUAUGUCUGCAAAACACAAAAUGGGAAGACCGAAAACACCACCAGAGCCUGUUUCUUCACAGAUGAACCUUCGAUGAAGAUUGCUAAAACAGAACACAUUGCAGUGACAGAACAGCCAACCAGACAACUCCCAUUGCCAAUAAAUCCAAGCCAGCCACCACCUGUAGCAAACUUUCAACAACAGGUUACGUCAGCUUAUGCAUCUCUGCCACCUUCUCUUCCGCCUGUUCCUCAGGCAACUCUUCCCGUUGCUGGGACAACCGCUCAUGAUGGUCCUCCGCCACCCACUGCACAGCCGACAGCUGCUUACCCUAGUGGAAGCUACCAACAAGCUCCUGGAAGCACUGCAUAUUCAGCAACUCAGAGUUAUCAGCCACAGCAACAACCACCACCACAGACAACUGGGUUCUCAUUUCCAAAUGCACAGGCUAGUCAGCCAACUGCAAGUACCAGCUAUAGCCAGAAACCGGGUUAUGAUUAUACUCAAACGCAAGCCUAUGGGACUCAAGACUCGUAUCCACCGAGUUAUAAUGCACCACCGACUCAGGCUUCAUUUGGCUCGUAUAGCCAAGAAAAUACUAACACAAACCAGGGCAGCUAUAAUACUCCAACCAGACAGUAUCCGACACAAUAUCAACAAAGUGGCCAGUACCCUGCCAAUCAGAAUACAGUGCCGCCUCCAAAUUACCCAGCCCAGCCGCCAACACCACAGCCCCAGCACACACUACCACCGUCACAGGCUGCACCAACUACAGCACCACCCAGCUUACUUGCCCAACAGCCUUACAGCAUGGCUGGCAGGGGCGGAGGAAGCACUUACCCAACAACUCCACCAAAAAACUACCCCCCUCCCCAGACUUACAACACUCCAACAAGGUACGACACUCCCCCGCCAAGUCUACCGCAGCAACAGAGAGGGGGUCCGCCAACUCCUGGUGGCAUGGUGCCAGUAUCUGGUGCACUGCCACCAACACCAGUAACUCCAGGACAAGUACCCCCUGGGAGCUACCCUCCUCAGGUUUGGGCACCUCGAGGACCCCCACCACGAGGACCACCUCCACCAAACACUGCAGGUAGUUUAUCCAGUCUAGCCACGGUCAGAAUAACUGGACGCACUGAUCAAAGGCGAAGCAGUACAGGAAAAACACAGCCACCAUUUUUCAGAUAAAGAGCCUUGUACAUAUGGUAUACUUUCAGAUGUUUUUUUAGAAAUUAAAUAUCUUUAAAUUUGUGA